AGACGGUCCAUCGGGCACGCAGUGUCGUCUUUCCUGUCAAGGAACUGGUAAAUAUAAAGAGCCACUGGACGGCCGACAGACUCCCAUCAGUUAUACAUCGCGUCGAUCGCAGAGGCUCGAGAUCUGUCAUCUGGGAAGAAUGCUCGACAAAGUAGAGGAUAACAGAGGCGCGACAGCGCUGCUGUAUGCGAUCCCCAGCAGUUACGUCGUCGUAGGUCUGGUCGCUAUAGGUAUUUACUUCAUCUACCAGGCAACGAUGGUGACAGACAUCCCGCACAUCAAGGGGCUUCCCGAGAUUCCAGGCGCCAUUCCAAUGUUCGGUCAUCUUCGAAAACUAGGCGACGACCAUGCAAGCGUGUGUGAGCGCUGGUGGCGACAGUACGGUCAUUCGGUCUUCCAGAUCAAGCUGGGUAAUACGCGGGCGGUGGUCUUCAACUCCUUUGAAGACUGCCGCGCCGUGCUACUAGGCCAUCAGAAUGCUAUCAUUGAUCGGCCGAAGCUGUAUACGUUUCAUGGAGUCAUCAGCAGUACCCAGGGAUUUACCAUAGGCUCAUCACCCUGGGACGACUCCUGCAAGAGAAAGCGCAAGGCAGCUGGGACAGCAUUGGGCAGACCGGCCUUGCGGAAUUACCAUCCCAUGUUCGAUUUGGAAAGCUAUUGCACUGUCCGAGAUCUCUUUCGCGAUAGCAAGAAUGGCCAGGUCGAACUCAAUGUCCGCCCGUAUAUCCAGCGAUACGCUCUCAACACGACCUUGACCCUGUGCUAUGGCAUUCGCAUGAAUGAAGUCUACGAUGACCUUCUUCGGGAGAUUCUUCAUGUGGGAUCUGCGAUUUCCUUACUCCGAAGCGCGUCGGAAAAUUUGCAAGACUAUAUUCCCAUCUUGCGCUAUACGCCAAAUAAUGAGAAGAACGCCCGGUCCAAGGAACUCAGGGGGCGUCGGGACGCCUACCUCAAUCUGCUCUUGGACAAGGUCCGAGACAUGAUCAAGAAAGGAACCGAUAAGCCUUGCAUCUCGGCCGCCAUACUCAAGGAUGAAGAAACCAAGCUGAGCGGGGUAGAGGUUUCCUCUAUCUGUCUCUCCCUGGUCUCCGGUGGCUUUGAAACCAUUCCCGGCACUCUAACCUCAGUGAUUGGUUCGUUGUCCACUCCAGAAGGACAGAUCUGGCAGGACAGAGCAUACGAGGAUAUCAAAAGAUACUAUCCUGAUGUGCAAGAUGCCUGGCUGGGUUGUAUCCACGAGGAAAAGGUGCCCUAUGUCAACGCCAUCGUGAAAGAGGCAGGCCGGUACUACACUGUCAGUUCCAUGAGUCUGCCCCGAAAAACCGCGACAGAAGUGAACUGGAACGGCGUUAUCAUCCCUCCUAAGACAAUGAUGUUAAUCAAUGCACAAGCAGGCAACCACGAUGUCGACCACUUCGGGCCCAACGGAGGCAAGUUUGAUCCUGAGCGGUGGCUUAAAUCGGCCGAUCCUCCGAGCGAACGAGAGAUUCAAGGCCUCCCACAUCUCAGCUUUGGGGCCGGAUCUCGUGCUUGCUCGGGACAGGUCAUCGCAAUCAGACUGCUGUAUUCAGCGCUGAUACGUAUUCUCUCGUCGUACAAGAUUGUGGCUAGUGAGAAUCAGCCGCCUGAUACGGACUAUGUCGAGUACAACCAGUUCAAGACGGCCCUUGUCGCGAUUCCGAGAGAUUUCAAGGUCCGGUUGAUUCCGCGAGAUGAUGCGAUGACCAGAGAGUGCUUGGCUGCUGCCGAACUGAGAACCAAGGAGCACUAUAAAGAGUGAAGACUAGAUGAACUUGGCAGUUGAGUAGUUGAGAUAGCGUGAACUCAG